GCUCCGCCCCGCUGCCUAGAGCGGCCCCGCAGAGCCCACCGAGCACACCCCGCCCGCUAGAGCGGCCCCUGCCGCCUCAGCCGCCGGGGCGGGAGUUGCUCGGCGGGCCGGGCCGCGGGGCCGGGCCCCGCGUUUCUUCGCCGUUAACCGGCGCCCCCCGGGGCUGGGGGAGCCUGAGGGGCUCCGGAUUAAACCUUUACAAAGCACUCAGCGCGACGCUCUCCUCACCCCCGGGAGGACUUCGGGAGAGCGCGGCCCCGGGGCCUGGACCCGCGGGUACCGGGAGGUCCCGCCGAGUCCCCCGGGGAAACCGGCAACUCCGCCAUUUGCGGCUGUGUCGUAAAAAAAAAAAGCGCGGACCGGGGAGCGGCGCUGCUUUACGACCCGAGGCUCUGAUUGGCUCCGCGGGGGCCGCGCUGGGCUCUGAUUGGCUCCGUGAGGGGCCGGGGGCGGGUUGAGCGGCCUCCGGCACCGGCACCGGCACCGGCACCAUGCUGCCCCUGUCCCUCCUGAAGACGGCUCAGAACCACCCCAUGCUGGUGGAGCUGAAGAACGGGGAAACGUACAACGGGCACCUCGUGAGCUGUGAUAACUGGAUGAACAUCAACCUGCGGGAAGUCAUCUGCACCUCCCGGGAUGGAGACAAGUUCUGGAGGAUGCCUGAGUGUUACAUCCGUGGCAGCACCAUCAAAUACCUGCGGAUUCCCGACGAGAUCAUCGACAUGGUGAAGGAAGAGGUGGUGUCCAAGGGCAGAGGCCGUGGUGGGAUGCAGCAGCAGAAGCAACAGAAGGGUCGUGGGAUUGGAGGUGCUGGAAGAGGUGUCUUUGGUGGCCGUGGCAGAGGAAUCCCAGGCAGUGGAAGAGGCCAGCAGGAAAAAAAGCCAGGCAGACAAGCAGCAAAACAGUGAGAGGGGCUGGCUGGGCCCUGGCUGGGGGGGACAGUGCCACCACACCUUGUGGGUUUUAUCACCUCAGGAUUUGCCACCUGUUCAAAAAAGUUCCCUUUCUGCUCCUCCAUCAGCUGCUCCGUGCCCGAAUCGUGUCAUUUUGGAAACCCCACACAACUGAAGCUGGGAAAGGGGACUUCAUUCCCUCCUGAUAGUCAGCAAAGUCAUUGGAAAUAUUGGAAAAAAAAAAAAAUCAUUCGUGGUGAAGGACCUAAUUUCUACCUUCUCCUGAGAGGGAGGGCACUGCUUAAUGGUUUCAUUUCCAAGAUUGGUGUAAGAAGGAAGGCAAAAGCUUUCUGGAUUGUUUGGAAUAUUCUUAUUUUAUUUUUGAAUACUUGAAAACUUGUUGCAUUUGUAACAGAUCUGAGUGUUUUGGUUAAAAAAAUGCUGAACUUGA